UCCUCUUCCUCACUUCAACACAGCAGACACCCACUUGACCUCAGAUGACAGCAGAGCUGCAGCCCACGCUUCUCCCACUCCUGGUGGGUAAAGUCUUCCAGAUCCCUGCAGACACACACCAGCAGGACGUCCCUUUCUCCUGCAGACUGCACCAACGUCAGAGAGGAGCCGGACUCACCUGGAAGGAUCUCGGCUCGUGGUGAACAGAAGGUUUGACGCUGUACAGCUCUCCGUCUCUGUCUGCUCUCUGUCGCCCAUCCUUCAUGUUGAACUGACAGGUCAGUGGACCCAACAUGGCAUCCCAGAGCCCAGUGCUCCCACAGUCCUUCUCUCCGAGGAUGGACAGCGUCUUCUCUGACCAGUCAGGCUUCUAUUCACUCGACUCCAAUGUUCCUGGACUCUCUAAGGUGAUUCUCAACCAGCUCAGCAUGAGGGACUACGGAGAAUACAGGGCUGCUGUGGAGGGAAAGACUAAAGGACUCCGGUUCCGCAACUACAAGGAGAUGUUCCAGAAGAUGGAGGAAACCUUCAAGUUCUGCGCCAGCUGCAACAAACUCCCGGAGCGUCUCGCCGAGGGACAGACCCUGAAGCGCUGUGUGAAGUGUUUGAAUGUGUACUACUGCACAAAGGACUGUCAGAAAACAGACUGGCCUCUUCACAAGAAGGUCUGCAAAAUCCUGCGAUUGGUGGCCAUCGACCGGUUGGUGGAGUGGCUGAUGUUCACUGGAGAUCUUCCAUUCCCAACUGAGCAAUGGUCCAAAGCACCGGCAGAUGUGAAGGGUUGGGACGACUGGCUUCCCAUGCAGGAGGGCCUCACCCAAAGUCUGGACAGAAUCCUGUCCAGUGCCAACAUGGCAGCUCUGUGGAAGAACGCCGGCAGGACCCGACCAGACGAUGACGACCUGAGACAGUCCUUAUGGAGGAUUCAGAGCGAGUUCCUCUCUCGGGUUCUGACCGUUGGAAGGGCGAUUCAACAGUUUGGACUGGACCCGUAUCUGAAGCCGCUCACCGUUCACAUCGUAGGGGCCUCCCACAAUGAGACUAUGGGAGCCAGACUGACUGACUAUGACGAGCUGAGCCACAUGUUUCCUGGACACCAGGGCAUUGAGAUAGUGAUGGUGGGCCCUGAGGUGGUGGACGGCCGCAUCGUGAGACCUCCGCUCAGAGCAUUCGGCCCCAAGGACAAGGUGUACAUCAGUGCCUAUAAGGGCCUCUACCAUCAGUUCUGGGAGGAUGUGGUGGAGAAAGGGGAAGCGUCCAGGCCAGACGUUGUAGUCGGAUUCCACCCAGGUUUCCACGCCAACCAGGGUUUGAUCCAGGGCUGGCUGCCCUCCCUCCUGCUGCUCAGAGACUACAACAUCCCGUCUUUCUUCACUAUGUUCAGUGACACGGAGCUCCAGUAUUCCCUGCAGAUCCUGCUGGAGCUGGAGAUGCACAUCAGAGACAGCGGGCCCAGUCCGUUCAGCUCCCAGAAACCAGAGCAGGUCCAGGCCUGUCCUAACAAACCGCCGGUCUACUGCAACUCCCACUGCGUCUGCUUCCAGGGCCUCCUGCCCCAGGAUGACCUCCAGGAUGACCUCCAGGGUUCCUUUUAAUGACUUUAAUUCACAAUUCCUGUUUUUACUAAAAGCAUCUCAGAACGUGUUCAUUAUUAAUUCCGCUGCCGUCAUUAUUCCUGUGUUUUUCAGUCUGUCUGCGAGCUUAGCGUUAGCUUUCCCCACUCACACCUGCCCUCCUGCUUCUUCCUGAACAUUUUCACUCCUUUUUACCGGGCAGCAGCAGCAGCAGCAGCAGCAGCUAAUCUGAACUCUUCCUCAAUCUGUCCCUCCUCAAGUCUCUCUCAUCAUCCUCCUCCAACAAUAAUAAAUCCCCUGUAUCGCUAAUUCUCCCUCCUUUGCUGCUCCUCAAUCUGCUUCAGCGGUCAAAAAUUGUGUGCUAAACUUAUCAGUUAGUUUGACAAUUUUUUUUUUAAUGGGUUUACACGCUUUUUAGCAUUUGUUAUCAUAGUUCUUGUGACCCACCCGGUCUCAUAUCCGCCCACUUUGCUCGGACUCCGGUUAGCUGAAAUAACGCUAUUUACCGGUAGGCUAUAUACAUUUAGAGAGGAGGGGCGGGCCAAGGAGGACGGAGGAAUUUCAUUGGAUAAACCCAAUGUCCGUCAAUAAAAUCAACCAAUGGACUGUCGCCGUUAAUAAAGAUUAUAUUUCAUGUACUUUUUUUGUUAAAUUAUGAUCAAAAAACUUUGUCCUCUCCUGGACAAAAAGUUCAAACUGAAUGGAGCUUUUUUUUUUUUUUUUGCUGUUCAAAUUGUCAACCCGCCACAGUGGCGGGUGCGUUGGUCCAAUUUCCACGCCACUUCAUACUUUUACCUGCAGUUGGCGGGUGAUAAUUUCCACCGCUGCUGAUUUUCCUUGAUGAUGUGAGCAGCAGUUCCCCCUCUGCUGGCAGCCUGCGGUAAUGCAGCUGCUGGAUAAACGGCUCAUUGCUCCACAUUCAUCAUGAGGCCUAAAUUAUUUCUGUCAUCGCUCGAUGGGUCCCUGUGGUUCGCUCUGCAGUUACAACAAUUACAAAUCUCACAACAGCUGCGUGAAAAUGGAUCACAUAUUAAUAUAACUUCAUCUGAAAGGAUCAAAUUACAAUCACAGGUUUGGUAAUCUCCACUAAUGUACCUUUCAUUAUUAUGCAUUAUUACUUAACUGCAGCAGCCAGCUGUUUUAUUCUUUAUUACUGACUAACUUUUAAUUGCAGAUGUAACUACACUCUUUCAUCCAAAUGACAUUUUAAGUGUUUUAGGUUUUAAAUGAAAUGAAAUGGAAAAAUUGAAACAUGAAAGUGGAAAAUAAAGUAUCUUAUGUUACCUGUG